AGAUAGCCUCGACCUUGGAGGCCGGACGGAGCGCGGCAGGGAUGGAGAUAUCAAAUUUCCUUCCCACGGAGUGAGUAAGGGCUGAAAGUUGGAGAGCAUAAAAGUCGACGAUGCGGAGAACAACCCGUAUAGUUAAAUAACUAACUAGCUAGUCAACGGUCUUUAAGUUCGCCGUUUAUCACUAUCUUGAGGUCAGCGCGGUAUAUAAAAGGGCAAGUUCAUACAGACAUACAGACAGACAGACAGACAAGCCGAGGAUAGUCGUUCGGGUCACCAGUUAGUAGCGGCUGAUCGACCAUGAAGAUGAUGUGCAUCGUGCCAGCGGCACCGGCUCAGCAGUAACCUACUAACUUGGGAGUCAAGCAGAUGAAUACGAGACGAGAUAGCCGUGGCAGCCAUAGAAAAAAAACAUCAGUCAUAUGCAACCCUCUCUGACUGAGUUAACGAAUCCCAGAUAUAGGCCAUGGAUGGGCUCGCUAGCCAUCACGAUGUGCAUACUUUCUCUGCCAGAGGCUGUGUGUGUGCGUGCCUGUAUACCAUGGGCUGCCAUGUGAGAGAAGCUUCUGUUUGCAUUUGAUAUAACCACGAAGUAGAUAUUGCUCGGGAUGCACCGGUUGGGAGACCAUGCUCUCUUUCCCCCUUUUACUGUCACUGUCACCCUUUCGCAUCUUCCUUGCCCUUUUCCACAUCUUCUUUCUCUUAUCUCCUUUGCAAUGGUUCGUCUCGUCCUGCUCGGGAGCUUACCCUGGUAGCUACUCCACUAGAGUCGGGAGAGACAUCCGCCGUCCUGAUCAUGAAUAUCAUGGAGAGCAAACCAGAGGGUACUCUGUCGCUCUCUACUCCAGCUGGUUCUUCAGUUGGGCCCGAAGCAUGUAUGUAUGUAUGAAUGCAAGUCAGUAUAUCGUUUCCGGCCAGGCUAAGGGAACCGGCUGUCCAUCCGCUCUUUGUCUAAUCGGCUAGUUUUACCUCCUUCUGCUCCUCCCGAUAGGAACAUGUAUGAGGUCUGAAAGGCAAAAUAUAUAAGUGCUUGCUUACUUAUAUGUGGCUGACCGAGUCCUGGUGCUAUUUUGGGCCACCACCAUGGACACGGCAUGACCUUUUUUUCGCAUAUAUUGCCUCGUGGCGCGGGGUGAGGCUAGUUUAUAUUGUCUUGAUUCCUUGAAUGAAGGUUAGUUUAGUUAAUUUUGUCUUGUUUGGUUAGUUAGUUUAAGUAGUAUAUCGAUACCGCGUGGACGGAUUGUACAGGGAUACCUCUUUCGACAUAAAUUUAAAUAAUAAUGGCUCCUAGUGGGCUGUCCUCUCGCAGAUGUACUGUAAGUAUACAGGACAUCCCGCCUACCCUGGGCCCAAAACCAUGAUUCUUUGU